AUGACCAUGCCAGAGCUUUAUCUGUCGUUACUGUCUGGUCAGGAGGGCGAUGUCUCACACCUAUCAACAGAGCAACGCCAUAACGAUGUUGGGUCCCGUCUCUCUGGCCACCCAUUUCCCAACGACCCCGACCGAUUGAUGGACCUCUUGGAUGCUCUUGCUGCCGUUUGCGUUUGGAAAGAACGGAGACAAGUCAUGUUCGUGUCAUUGUCCACGACCAUGGACCUGAAAGCUGCGACCCUCUACGUAUCUUCCAACGAGACUGUACCAGCCACUGUUACCUCCCAUCUCCAUAUAAUACAGGGUCAGCUUAAGGAGCUCCAAAGCAUUUUAUUUAACAAACGGGCACCUGAUAUCCUAGCAACAUACGACAAUUUCACAAAAAGCUCAAAACUUGACAAUCAGGAUGCCAGGCUUUUACAAGCUACCCAUUUUGCAUUGAAACACAUUCAGGAUCUGCUUCAGAGCGAGAGACCGCCGCCUGACCUCAGUCGCUUGAUUUGGACGAUUGACAGGUUGAGUAUGCUGACUGGAACAGGAAAGGCUUGCUGCAACAUAUCCAUCCAAGUGACCGAGAAGGCUGUCCUCCCCAUCAUUUUCCCUGUGGGAGAACAGGAGCAGCUACUGGUGUGCGACGACAUUCUGAACCGGCUGCAAGAGAAAGCGAAAAGUGAGGGAGUAAGAAUGGAGAAACGGAAGCUAUCCAUAAAACAAGCAGCCGUUCACGCCGAAUGCACCCUCCUUGCAUACCAUAUCCAGCACCCCAACAUUCAUCCAUACUGCUAUUUCGGCGGAUCGAAACUCUCUUUCCAUGGAUGCGCCACCUUUUUCAGCAGUUACAAUCUUGUCGCAGAAUCCUUCCAUCUUCCCCAAUUCUUCACCAAGGGCUCCCACAACAAGAUCUAUCUCCGGUGGCCUUGCCCUCCCUUGCUGCCACUGCAGCGAUCAAAGCCACUACAACCUGGCACCCUGUCUCUCGAUACCCAGGUUAGACAGAAAAUGAUUGCGGCGUUGGGCAAGGAACUGUCUGAGUAUGUCAAUGAGCUGCGCACAGUCAGAGCAGGGCCAUCCCAAUCGCAGUCAGAUAGCACUGCUGCCUCUAGUGACUCACGCAAGCCUGCAGAAGAAGGCCUAGCAGACUUGGAAGCUGGCACAUAG